AUGCCUUUAAUAUUUAAAUGGUCUGUAAUCAUAGGUUUGAUCUUCGCUUUUCUUCUCGCUAAGCUAAUCUCUAUCCUCGUCGCGUUUAAAUGCGAGAAUCUCUCACUCACUCGCGACCACACGACUGAAUCGGAGUAUGAGAGCUUGCCCAAGGUCGAAUCUUUAACCGGGAUUAGCGGCGAGACAGAGUCUCUUGUGGCGGAGCAAAGUAGUUUGAGAGGUGAUGAUGAAGACGAUGAAGAUGAUGAUUGGGAAGGUGUUGAAAGUACAGAACUUGAUGAGGCAUUUAGUGCUGCUACGGCUUUUGUGGCUGCUGCUGCAUCUGACAGGCUUUCUCAGAAAGUAUCUAAUGAGUUGCAGCUUCAGCUUUAUGGAUUGUAUAAGAUUGCUACUGAAGGACCUUGUACUGCUCCUCAACCUUCAGCUCUCAAAAUGACUGCUCGUGCCAAGUGGUUUGUCUCACUCACACACUCUGAUUUAUAUGUUUUGACUGUGAACUUGAUUGCUUGA